AUCUAUAUCUAAUAAUAAUAAAAAAAAAGGUCUUCAGUCUGCACACUAGUCUAGUCUAGAUCUCGAUUAGCACAAAGUUUUACAAAUUAUGGAGCAAUUUCCGUUUUCAACGUGUACCAGCUUCAAAUUACUUCAAUUCGUGGUUCUCAUUUAGAUCAAGAUCGAAACGUAUCUAUAGAUAAUUCUUAUGGAUUCUAGACGAUAGAGACAAUAAUCACCAUACAGAAUGUCUUGUGGAAGUCAACCUUAUGGCAUUCUGUGAACAUGAUAACAGCGCUGAUGUCCUGGCACCCUGCUCUUCACAGCAUUUCCUCAAAUACUUUUAGAAUGGACGGAAAAGUUUAUUUUCAGUGCAUGAAAUUGUCCAUCAUUUGUAUAUUAUGGUACCUUUCUAGUACUACUGAUAACAUUCUUGGGAAAAUCAUAAUGACAGAGCUUCCUUAUCCAAUGACAGUAACAAUGACCCAUUUGGUGACAGCAUCUAUAUUUUUAGGACAGAUUAAAUCAUUUCUGAAUGUGCCGAAAGGAAAACCCAUUGAUAAAAAAUAUUUCUACAUUAUGAUUCUACCCCUUGCAUUGGGAAAAUUUAUUUCUUCAGUUUCUUCUUAUGUAAGCAUUUGGAAAGUAUCAGUUUCUUAUGCACACACUGUGAAAGCAACACUUCCUCUGUUCACUGUUUGCUUGGCCAGGUUAAUUUUAGGAGAGAAACAAACCUGGCCUGUAUACUUCACAUUAAUUCCAAUCAUUGUUGGCGUUACUAUAGCUACAGCUACAGAACUGUCCUUUGACAAAAUUGGUUUAACCAGCUCUGUUGUGGCAACCUUUUGUUUUUCUUUACAGACAAUAUUUACGAAGAAGUGCCUUAAAGACACAGGCUAUCACCACUUGGAACUGUUGACAUUCAUUACAAGACUGUCUGCUAGUAUGUUCAUUCCAGUUUGGUUUUUAUAUGAUUUCAUAAAAAUUUACCAGGACACAAAAUUUCUUGAGAAUGGUAAAGUGGGUCAAACCAUCUUUAUGUUGCUGUGUGCUGGUCUGUGCAAUAUGAUGCACAAUGUGUUAGCCUUUUCUGUUCUGGCUAUAGUUUCACCACUGAGCUAUGCUGUUGCCAAUGCUACUAAAAGAAUAGCUAUUAUUGGAGGAUCUCUCAUUAUUCUUCAGAAUCCUGUUGGCCCAAUGAAUAUACUUGGCAUGUUGAUUGCUAUCCUGGGAGUUUUAGCUUAUAAUAAGGCUAAGUAUGAUCAACACCAAGCUGAAAAAAUCAAAGAAGUGCUUCCAUUUACAAGAAGUACAUCUGAACUGAAGCAAUUAUCAUCAGGUUUUGGUUUACCACAUUCUAAAAGUGAUCUCAACUUCAGCAAUGGUCAUAUUGAACAAUUAUCUCAUAAAAGUCCCCUGUUGCAAGAGUACGAAGCUUUAAAUGGAUUUCAGCUAAUACCUCUAACUGAUCAUUCUGCGCCAGAUGUGAUGAAUGUAAAGCCCAGUCUGGUGAGAGGUGCUACUGUGUCUUCUACUGGUCGUCCAACCCUACAUUCUAGGGCUGUGUUCCAUGUUUAAUUCUACAUCCCAUUCUUACAUUAUUUAUUUCCACUUGAAUGUUUUGUUCAUUGAGCAUUAUUUUAUAUGAAAAUUUUUUCUGAAUUAUUAUUUAUUGUGGUAAAUGACAAUGUUUUAGAAUUAUUUUUUAUUAGUAGUAUGCGUUGUUAAGCAUACCAGUACUGUAAUAAAAAAAUAUUUUUAAUAGCAUCUAUGAAAGGGACAAAAGCCACACCAGCAUUGGAAAAGAUGCUUCUUUAAAAGUGUUCCUUUUGCUAUGAUUUUUAUUUGUAUAUAUAAAUAUGGGGAUUCUGUAGUCUGUGAGAUCUUUUAUUUUGAUGUAAAUAUGUUUGGAAUCUCGCACAUUUUUAUUCAUGUAAAGAUAAAAGGUGAUUUCAAAACAAAGAAAAUCAUAAUUUAUAAUUCAAUUUGAUUUUGUAUUACACUGUUGGAGCUAACUAAUGGUUAAAAUUUAUUUUUAGAGAUACCGGUACUUGACAAUAAAUAUGUUCUUGUCACUGUCUAAAAUGAAA